AUGCAAAGAGCCAUGCACUACAUUGUGUAUUUCGGCAUCCCACUUUUGAUUUCGUUACUUUACGAACUAGGCACGAAGAGCAUUCCGAACCGACUCGACCCCGCCCAAGCCCCAAAGUCGAGGUUUGGGCUUGUCCCGUACGUGAAUUGGGUUACCGAUUUCCUUUCCGACGACCUCCCUCCAGCGAUCCGUUCCGAUGUCCGCUUGUUCUUUUACAACUAUGACUCGUAUUGGGAGAGGGCGGCGGUGUACACGCGACUUCAGACCCUGGGAAACGAUUUGCUCGAGCAUAUUCUGAAUAGCCGUGUGUCCGAAGCAGAGCGAGGCCGAGGCUUGAUCUUCGUGGGAUACAGCUAUGGGGGUCUCGUAAUCAAGCAGGCACUCGUUCACCGCAAAGUUAACCAAAGGCUAAGCCACAUUGCUGAAAAUACCAAGGCGAUUCUGUUCUUGGGCACGCCUCAUCGUGGAUCGAGUUUCGGCUGGUGGGGUUGGCUAAAGGCCAAGAUUCUCGUACCUAAGGGUUCCAAUCCUUUAAUACUAGCCAACCUCGGGUACGACUCACUCCCAUUGCUCGAUCUCCAUAGAGAUUUCGAAGGCGCAGUUCCAGACAGCUUGCGCGUGAUCAACUUUUUCGAGCAGCGACCCGUGUGUGUUACUGAGCAAUCCGCGACUUAUGGGGCAUUGCCAAGGGUUGAAAACCUUGGCCUCCCCGUCAACCACUACCAACUCAACAAGUUUGCGUCAAGAAACGAGCACUACCACAGGCUACUUUCGAAGAUCGUCGACAUCGCAACAGCCUCGGUUAAGCCAGUCAAACGCCACUACAUCGUUCCGGUCGACCCUGUACACUCGUAUAUCCAGCGAGACGGACUAUGGAAGGAACUUGAGACAAAAUUACAGAUCCGGCAUGAAGCUGCGAGUAUUCCAUAUGCAGUUGCUAUUCAUAGGUUGGGCGGAGCGGGCAAAUCCCAGCUAGCAAUGAAGUAUGCGGAAAGCAAUAAGGAUCGAUAUAACGUAAUACUCUGGAUUGACGCGACGGAUGAACGUACUGUGCGGUCUAGUUUCAGACGAUGCUUGACGGAGCUCGAGCUCCCGGUGGUCCAAAACGAGAGGCAGGGCUCGGCUCUUAGAGAUGACGAGGCUAUCCAGAGCGUGCUAAGAUGGCUUCGCAGCCGAACACACCCAACCGAUGGAUGGCUUGUUAUCUUUGACAAUGCUGAUGAUCUCAGUUGGGGAAUAAGAGAAAUAAUACCGAAAGGAAGCCAAGGACGUGUGAUCAUUACUAGCCAGGACGAGCGCAGCCGAAUGCUCAUUCCAGGGGGCUGUGAGCAGAUCCAUGUUGGUGUUAUGUCGCCUCAGGAAGGGACAGCACUUUUGCUCCGGCACCUCGGCCUGGAUGUCGAGUCCGCCCCGGCAAAGGUCCAAGUUCGCUGUGGUGAGGUGGUACAAAAGCUUGGCCACUUGGCACUCGCUAUUGAUCUUGCAGGUGCUUAUAUUGGCAAUGAUCCGGUUCCAGAGGCGGCUCUAGUACAGUAUUUAGCCGACUACAACCUGCAUCGCGACGAGCUCUUGAAAAUGGAUGCUUUUCAGGGCCUCUUAGCGACUGAGAAGACAGUAUGGACAGUAUGGGAUACAACGCUCGAAAAGCUGACAAGGAGUCACCCUAAUCUGCAACCUGGUUUCCUGUUAACUUUUCUUGCGCACUUCAAAGGGACCGUGAUUCAGGACGAGAUAUUCCGUCUAGCAGCUCUUAGCAUUCCGCGUCUCGAUUCUCCACUCACUAAUGAAAUACCGACCCAACUUGGGCGAUAUCUCUCAUUAGUCGGAGAAGAAUGGGAUAGUUUUGAAUACCGACAGGGUCGCGAUCUGCUCAUUCGCUACAGCCUCUUGCAACGGGUAGAAGGAGACUGGCCUGGUGUAACUAUGCACAAGCUGGUCCAGUGGCGGGCAAUUAGGAGUGAGACGAGUCAUCCCUGGCAGUGGUGGCAUAUGGUGUUCAUCUCGGCCGCAGGCCACCAGGUUAUGGAGGAAGACCAUCGGCCCGAGUUUCGUCGCCAUCUCGUCGCGCAGCUCGUACACGCCUGUACAGAUUGCCGCGAGGAAGAUACGGAGCAAGGGCAGUUUUACCUAGCCUUGCUUGGCAGGAUUUACCACGCCGAGGGCCGGUGGGAGGAGGCUGAAAAGCUGCUAACGCGGGCAGUAGAAAGUUAUAAGGUAUCGCUUGGGCCCUACAACCAUAACACACUCGUUAGCAUGUCAUAUCUAGCGUCGACAUAUGAGAACCAAGGCCGAUGGGGCGAGGCUGAGAAGUUACAGCUCCAUGUGGUGGAGACUUACAAGGCGACUCUUGGGGCAGGUCACACCAGCACUAUUGCUGGUAUGGCCCAGUUGGCACUGAUAUACAAGAGUCAAGCCCGAUGGCAAGAGGCUGAGAAGUUAGAGGUGCAGGUGAUCCAGGCCUACAAAGUGAAACUUGGAGCCGAUCAUCCUUCUACUCUUACUGGUAUUGCUAACUUAGCAUUAACGCUCUGGUAUCAAGGCCGGUGGCAGGAAGCUGAAGGGCUAGAGGUGCAAGUGUUAGAGUCUCAGAAGGCGACGCUUGGGCCUCACCAUCCCGAUACACUCCAGAGCAUGAACAAUUUAGCUUCAAUCCUCACGGAUCUCCGGCGGUGUCAGGAAGCCGAGGAGCUAUUGAUCCAUGCGAUAGAAGGCUACACAAUGAAGCUUGGUCCUGAUCAUCGAGAUACACUCGCCAGUAUAAACAACUUGGCAUCAGUGUAUUUACAGCAAGGUCGAUGGGAUGAGGCCGAGGGGCCGCUUAGGCAAGUGGCGGAAGCGUACAAGGUGAAAUAUUGGAGUAACCAUCACGAUACCAUCACUAGCCUAAAUAACCUAGCCCUGACGUAUCAGGCGCUGGGCCGGUUGGACGAGGCUGAGGAGUUGCAAGUGCAGGUGCUGGAGGCUUGUAAGAUCACUCUUAGGCCGGACCAUCCUCAUACGCUCCAUACCAUGAGCAGCGUAGCCCACGUGUGGAAAUUGCAAGGCCGGCAUGGAGAUGCAUUGGCACUCCUGAAGGAGUGUUUUUAUAAGCGCCAAGGAGUCCUCGGCCCAGAUCACCCACAUACUCUUGCGACUUCUUCCAUGUUAGAGAAAUGGGCUGCAUUUCAGUACUGA